AAAAAUGAGCAUACGACACCGUUUCAGUUCUGUUCCAAGUACAAAAGCGCGCGAAAGAAGAUUUUUCCAGGCAACUCAACUGUUCUUGUGGCCGCCUCUUCAUCGCCGCAAAUUUUCUUCCUCCUCCGCCGGAUUUCAUCGCAGCCGUAGUAAUUGCCGUAUUUUCCGAUUAUCCGGUGAAAGGGGGGAAAUGGGGCCAAUACAGGUUAAGUGUAACUGUGGUGAAAACAAUUGUCAAGAAUGGGCUAUCAUUGAGUUGCAAGGUGUUAUCGAAGCUCAACCUCAAUUCCAAGAUUGUCUUCAAAACCUUGAAAUCGGACGACUUUGCCGUCCUUCAUCUCAGGAGACAUACACCUUUACAAUCGGGUACCAUGAGUUGACAGGAUCAAAGGUCAAGCUGAAGAAGCCACUUUUAGUAUUGAAGAAGGUAAAGCAUUCUGAUGAAGAGCAACGCGUAUGCUCCAAAUCAUCACCCGCAGUGGAGUUGGAUGUGAUCGGAAUCAUUAGACAGAAGAUUUUGUUUAAGACUAGGCCAAAAGCCCUCAUAUCUAGCAGCAAGAAGGUUUAGCUUAAUCUCAUAAGAAUGUGUAAUAGUUUGUUGGGAUAAGUUUUCAUUGUAUAACAAGUUACUGAAAUUGUAGUGAAACUUUUCUUCUACUUAUUCAAAGAUUAUGAUG